AAGAUGGCCGGCUGGGUUCGGUGAAUUGGUUCGCGCAAGCGACCGCGUGUUUCCGCUGUUUACCGCGGGUAGUAUUUAUUUUUUCGAGCUUUUUUUAGUGCUGGGCAGAGCGAUGGAACGAGCUCGAAGGAACUACGCCGACGAGAGCGCGAGGCUAGCAGCCCGUCGCCUGUACCAAACCGUAGAUUGAAUGCUGCUGUAUGUCAUCCUAAACACUUCUCGGGUAACGAAGAAUGAAACACAACAUGGCUGCGUCUCUCAGUACACAGGAAGAGCAGCUGGUGAAGGAAUUUAUGAAAGUGGUGAAUGAGCAGAGGUUGAGUCACAGUGCAGGGCCCCUGACGUGGAACGCUGCUGUCAAAUUCAUGAUGGCCCGGAAGUUUGACGUUCGCCGAGCCCUAUCCCUGUACGAAGCUCACGAGAUGACUCGAUAUCGAGAAGGGCUGUGCACUUUUGACCCUACAACUGAUCCUUUAAAAGGGGAACUGGAAACUGGGAAGUUCACAGUCUUGCCGACACGAGACAGUUCCGGAGCUGCCAUCACCAUGUUCACAGCGAGCAAGCACUGGCCAUUGCAGAGUUCGCACAAGGUCACCCUGCAAGGUGUUGUCUACCAGCUAGAUGUGGCCUUGGAGAGCCUCGAAAGCCAGAGGUGCGGGAUAGUGUUCAUAUACAACAUGACCGGCUCAAAGUACCAGAACUUUGACUACGAGCUCAGCCAAAAAAUAUUGAAUCUUCUCAAGGGCGCCUACCCAGCAAGGUUGAAGAAAGUCUUGAUUGUUAAUGCGCCAUUGUGGUUCAAGGCACCAUUCCGAAUACUUCGCCUUUUUGUCAGGGAAAAGCUCAGGGACAGGGUGACUACAGUUAGCCUGGAACAGCUAGGUGCACACAUUCCAUACACUUCAUUGCCUCGAGAGCUUGGAGGAAGCCUGGCUAUCAACCACAAAGCCUGGCUGCUUCAUUGUCUCAAGUCCAUGGCCAACAGGUACAACUUAUCGGGCGAGGUACCAGUGCCACCGGCUGUGCUUCCGGUCAAUCCUGCUGAACCAGUUGAAAACGACGUUGUGGCUGGAGAAGUGACCGAGGAAGAGGAGGAAGAAGAGGCCUCUUCUGCGGCACAGCCAGCAGCCAUUGAAACACAAAACUCCGUCCAAGAGAAGCAGAACUGUGAAGAACGUGAGAAGGAGGUUGAAGUGAUCAAGGAGCCCGUGACAACCACCGCAGCAAAGGAAGAACCUGCUGAGCAGACAAGGGUUGCCGCAGCUUCACCUGAACUUGUCACAGAAGAGGAAGAAGACGAGAAGUGCCCUUCCUCGUCGUCUGUGUCCUCUUCGUCUCAGUGGGACGAAGGUACUGCCAAUGGUGAACACAAGGAUGGUGCUGUCACGUUGGAGGAGUUUAUCAGCCAACUUCAAGUCAAAGGUCGUCGUGGCUUGUAUCAGCAAUAUUCUGAAUUAAAAGCAAAAAGUCCCGAGGGCACCUUUGUCACCGCAAGAGUGAAACCAAAUCAGUGCAAAAAUAGGUACACGGAUGUACUCUGUUUUGACCAUAGCAGAGUGAUUUUGUCCAUGAGGAAUGAAGAUGACUGCAGCACGUACAUCAAUGCCAACUUUGUAGAUGGUUACCGCCAAAAGAAUGCUUUCAUAUCAACACAAGGGCCUUUGCCAAAGACAUAUACAGACUUCUGGCGAAUGAUCUGGGAGCAGCACUGUGCAGUAAUUGUGAUGACGACACGGACGUUUGAAAGGGGGCGGGGCAAGUGCGGCCAGUACUGGCCGCCCGGGGAGCCUGGUGCCUCUAUAGAGCUUGAAGACCUGUUCAAGAUUACCGUCUUGGCCAAGGACCCCAAGCCAGAUUAUGUGGAAACGCAAUUGGAACUGUACAACUGUGAGAGCCAGGAGUCCCGCUCCGUGAGCCACCUGCAGUUUACAAGUUGGCCGGACUAUGGUGUGCCUGACUCUGCUCUGGCCAUGCUGGCAUUUCGUGGAGUGGUGCGUGAGAAGCAGGCGCAGGCUGUAGCUUCUAUGGAGCCCAAGUGGGAUGGCCAUCCCUUAGGACCACCUAUCGUAGUUCAUUGCAGUGCUGGAAUUGGCCGUACCGGAACAUUCAUUACUCUAGACAUUUGCAUCAAGCAGCUGGAGGAAGAGGGAAGAGUGGACGUUCGUUCCACAGUGGAACGAAUUCGUUCCCAGCGUGCGUUUAGCAUUCAAAUGCCCGACCAAUACGUCUUCUGCCACCUUGCCCUGCUAGAGUUUGCCCUACUGCGUGGGCUGCUUCAGGACGUGGCUCUAGAUGGCUUCGAUGACGAUGACGACCGUGAUGGCUCGGACUCUGAGUGAUUAUUUCUGUGCAUUGUUUUGCUGUGUAAAACUUGGUACCUUUUAAAGUAAUUUCCCCAUCGCAGACUUGUGGCCGCGAUCAUGACUGCGGCAUCGAUGUAGCGAUACAUUUUACAUUUACCUUUCUAUAAUUGGGUUGAGGUGUACGAAUGUCUGAUCUAGCUAAUCUCUUAACUUAUUAAUAACUCUAAAAUGCCUGUGUGAUUUGUUGAAAUACACAAAAAGGGCUUUCUAUUUUGUGCAGACCAGCAGAACAAAUCUCAAGAUUUUGUUCAGUGGCUGGAAUACUUGCUGAAUAAUUUAUUGAUAUUUAAAGUAGCUGAUGUGGUUGUAUUAGUGGCAGCGCAUAAAACUUGCACAGUGGGGAAGAAUUCCAUCAUUCUCUUUUUCUUCCCCCUUCUGCCAGUUUGCUUGCCAAAGAUUCGGCAAGCUGUGCAGGCAUUGUUAGAUAACAGCAUACUUGACUGAGGUGCCUUGCAUUAAGUGCGCCGCUUUUAUUACUAAGAAUUAUUUAACGUUUCGUGAGUAAUUGAAGCCAUAUAUAGUUUAGUUUGAGCGGUGAUGCAUUCGUGUUGAUGCUGUCAAAGCUUCACCGAGGUAUUGUUGAAAUACUCUGGUCAUAUUCACACCUCACGCAUGGCUCAGGGGUUGCUUUUGAAUUAUCCUGCGUAUUGUGUAACAUUCUUUUGCACUUGCUGAACCAUGGCACAAAUAUAUAAGGCUGUUGUGUUUCGAUUGCAGGUGUAGAGUCCACACGAUAUUAUACUGAAAAUAAUAGAGUGUAACAGUGGCUAUAUUUUUUCCAAAAAUGUGCGGGCAGUGCUUUACACAUUUAAAAGUUAUUUUUUCACCAUUAGCACAGCAUUAAGCGCUGAUAGGCAACAGUAUCUGCAACCGUGUGGUGCCCAAAAUAUGGUAUAAAAUUUACGUUUUUCCGUUCACAAAAUUUUACCGUCUUUUGUGUAUUAUUCUUAGCUUUAAAUACCACUUCAGUUUAUUGACUUAGUUCAACUAUUGUGUGCCCCUGCACGAGCAUAGAAUGGCAGAUAAUAGUUUUAAAAACUAGCAGAAUAUACUCGUGUACUAAGGUGCCAUAUUGUUAUAAUUUCUUAUCUGUACCUGCUUUCUAACCUGUAAGACUGAGAGUGCCCCUUUUAUCUUUUUUUUUUCUUUUUUAAGGAUUCAGCUUUGGUAAAUCUCUUCUGUGAGUACGUGGUGAGCGUGCAGCAGAUAUGAUUUGCAGCUUGACUUGUCAAAACAAUGUAUGGUGGUCAGUGGUACGGAGUAAAGUUUUGAAAAAUUGAACAUAAAUUUAACCAAUCAUGCUUAGUCACUACAGAAAUAGCAAAGUUACAUCAGUAUGGCUUGCAGAAAAUGCUAGCCGAAUGUACCAUACAUAAAUCUACUGAACACAAGGAACCUGCUUGUCUUGUGUAAUAGCCACUUCAACACUAUUUCCAGCAGCUAUCUGAAACCCAAUCUUUUUACCCUUUUGCAGUGUCAGCAGUCAUGUGCUAAAUAUUUCACUCUUCACAUCUUUGUUGAUAUAACAUCCUUUUCCAAAACUUUUUUCUAGAAUUUCGUUCCUUGAUAGAGGUUCCAAUAAUUUUAAGAAAAUAGCUUAGAAGGUCCUUUCCAUGUCCAACUCUAUUUACAUUAGGAUAUAUACUUUUGCAGAUAAAUCUUAAGAAACGUAAAAAAAGGAUAUUUUGGUUUUUAGGUUGCACUAAUGAAUUUCUUACUGAAGGCAAAGCCUUGCGGCGAUGGCACGAGUCAGCUGAUAGUUACAUGGAACAUAUUUCUUCAAAUUCACUAAAACUGGCAUUCAGAGUAGAGUCUAAUCUAUGUCGGGGAACUUUAAAAGGGAUCUAUUCCAGGGAACUUUAAAAGAAAGGUCAAGUAUAAUUCGUAGACAUAUUCAAGACAUUACCAAUGAUGCAUACUGGUAAGUGUUAAAUGAAUAUCUUCCAUAAAGUGUGCAGUAAGGCUACAAGAACAGAAAUUUUAGGGUAGUGUCUGCACUAUUUAUCUGAAGGAGUUAGCUCAAUUUUCUUGUGAACACGCCAGGAACAUGAAAAAGGUGUACAUGAUGUGAAAUCUACUAAUACCCACUGUCCACUGUGAACUUUGCUUUGUGAAAAGCCCACUAGCAUGGCAGAACUGGAGAUGAAUCUUACUUUCAGUAUGUUCCUUGUAUACACUGUGUGUUCUAUGUACAUUUAAUCUUAAAUGAAACACAUUCCAUGUGUUACAUACUCAGGUGGCUGCCUGGGAACGUGCAUUGCGGGAUUGAUUGUAACAGCGUGACUAUUGUAUAGAACAAAGUGGAUACUCCGGCACUCAGCUGCUUCAUGCUAAAGAUACAGCGGAAAUAUGUGUUGCGUAGUUGUUGCUUCACAGUGCAGUCUCCAGUUCCUUGCCAUCAAAACUGAAGAAGAGUAUUACCCUUGGGAGGAAAAAAAAAAAAGACUGAAACAAGACUUGCCUAAAGUUUAUACUAUUACCAGCUAUGCUUAUGACAGACAGUAUCCAGUUAAAUUUACAUUGCUAAAACCCUUUUCCCCCUGACAUUUCAAAAUGCUCUAGUUUUCCACUGGAAACUACCUCAGUUUCUCUGCUGUAAUGAGAAUGCAGUCACUAGGCUGCUUCGCACAGACUGGUCAGAUAACAAGCGAAAAAUAUUUCCUCAAUUAAGAGUGUCUGCUACAAGGAAUGAGACGGGGAAUUCCUGAAAAAUGUGUCAGCUCCACAUUGUGUAAGAACUGCAUCAUUGUUGUCGAAAAUCUGUUCAUCACCAAAAAAAGUUAUUUCGUAUGGCCGUGGCAACACUGUCAGUAGACAGAUUUUAUUGAAAACUUGUUCCAGAGAAGAGCCUGCGGCGAUUUUUCCUGCAUUGAUGAUACAGCAACUUCAUGCACACAUGUUUGCUUGAUUUUAUGAGUAGCCACUUCAAAACAACCCCAUGAAACUGCAUUCUUACAUUUGCAGAUGUAGUAUGCUCGCAACUUUCUUUCCAUUCCACUUUGCUUUCAAACAAGGCCAGCUAAUGUGGUGCUGGUGCGAUCCCUCUCACUGAAGUCGUUGCACAUUGCCUGAUUUCAAAAAAUGCUUGCAGUGAGGCUUAAGAUAAGGGGCAAAAAUGAUUCUUGGGUGCAGUGCUGUGAUCACAUUGUUGGCUAACUGUGCUUUUUGCAUGUUGCUGCUGAAGGCAGCAAAGAAUCAUUGUGGCAAUAACACUGUAGUGCCGUAUGAAGUGCAAGCAGGAUAAAAAUCUAACUAGGUUGUUUAUUAGCAUCUCCAUAUUUGCCCAGGUGUGUGAAAUUAGUGAGAAUUAACGACUGGUGCUGCAAGAGCGUAGGUACAAAACGUGUUAGCUCCCAGUUGUGCUGAGAAGCAACUUAAAAUUAUUGGGCAAUCAUGAGCAGAAGCUCUUUUCUGGCAUGGCUUGCUAGGAAGUUUUAGCAGUCAGUAACAUCAGGAACUCGUGCAACAGAUUCAAGUAAUUGUGUGGAAAAGGUGUUCUCUGGCCUGCCUGUGUGGCUAGAAAGAAAGAAAAUGGACUUCAGAAGAAUGUCUCCAUUGUAUGCUGAACCUGCUGCCAAAUGACAUUGUGAGGUCCGCAACUGUAGCUCGUCGCAAGAAGCCGGUCUUGGAAAACUGGUCGGUAGUCUAGCAAGAGGUUUCUCCAGAGCCAACACUUUGUCAAGAGACUUAGGUUAUGGUGAAGGCUAGAAACAUUACCACCAGAGACAUCUGUCCAGGCACUGCUGACCAUUCAUCUUUGUUUUCUCAUGAACCUCAGUCUUCUUCAAAUGUUGUAAAACAAGCGUGUCAUUGUGGUGAAUGCAUCCUCCUUGCUGUAUCGUUAUAGUGACUCCUAUUGUCAUUGUGUGUAGUGGCAUAGUGAAAUCAAAAGCUGGCAUUUCGUUUCUCGCACAGCGCAGAAAAGAAACGUGGGCUGCUUGAGCAUACAUAUUUAUUGAAUGAAAACGGCCUUAUCUGCUGACAAACUUGCACAGCUUACUGUUUUCAACACAAGGUGUGCAGUAUAUUCAGCGGCAAACCUGUAUCUGCCGACAUACCUGCACAGCUUACUGUUUUCUACAUGGGGUGUGCAGUAUAUUCAGUGGCAAACCUGUUCAGCAGUUCUUUCUACCGUAGUGUUAUGUCUAGAUGUUAAGUUCUCAUCAAGCUUAAUUAAGAUGUGUAAUAGACAUGUUGAGAACUUUUAUAAAAUCCUCUAAUGGCUAUUUCAGAUCAUGCCACUUCAACUAAUGCAAGACAACGUUCAAACUGUGCUUCAAGAGAACAGUUGGGCUUCAGUAAGGAUACUAACGUUAUAUUACUGCAUGUUAUGAGACUGGAUCUUAGUGUUUUUAAUAAGGCUCGGUUGCUGUGUUUCACAGCCCCUGCACUUCGACUGCUUUCUGGAAUUGCCACUAAAAUAUCGUUUUGCACAAAGAAAAAAAAAAAAUUCACAGCCUUAGCAAAAAAGCUCCAGUGCAGGUAUGCACUGGAGCUUUUCUGUCUUGCCCCAGUAGAAUCGAUACUUUUGAUAGCAGAGAAUAAAAACAAAACAAAGCUAGAACAUUUUCGAAGAGGCUUUGCAUUAAGCAUGGCGAAAUCUCAAUGUGGGGAGGCGUAGAUUGCCAGUGGCACCUAUAUAUGUAUUCGAGUGCUUUUGAACUGAUCAAAGGUGUGCAUGCUUUCUGGUGGAAUGGUACAUGUUGUAGGCAUGUCGCAUGUAUUGCGCAUUACCUCCUUCAGCUGCUGAUGACUUGGCAUACAUCCGCACUUAUUGAUAAAUGGCAGCCUUAUGUUGCUUAGUCUUGUGUGCGAAUGCCUCAUUGGCUUUUUGCAUGAAAGAGGCAGCAACAAAAAAGUAUUGAAUUUAUUGCAUUCCCAAUUUAGUAUAGCCUAGUUUUCCCUAGCAUCGACAUUAGUCAAUGCUUCGGAAAACUUUGCACAGGCUUGUUUUUAGAGGCACUUUGUAAAUAUAGUAGUGUUUUAUUUCCGCAAGUGAGAAGCAAACUGUCUUCCCCAAAUGCCCCUUGUUUAUAUGUGUAUGUUAGCAUCCAGCUUUGCUGUUGAUUCUUUUCAAAGGGAAUGUUAGAUUCUUCCUACUGGAGAAUUGUGUGUAAGGAUUUUUGUUUUCCAAAUGCUUGUCUAUUUUUGUCUACUUAAUGCAAGGAAGCCGUGGCUUAAAAAGAAUAUUGGUACCUAUGUAUACGCGGUAUCAAACAGUUGCAGGUCUCCCACAGUGACAGAUGCUGUCAUACCAUCUCUUUAAUGUGAAGCUGAAUUUUAUUUUAAAAAGCACAGCGGUCAGCAUUUGCACCGCAGCAGCGUAAAAACAAGCACACACCAUGGUUGCUUUAUACAGUGCACUAAACCGUCUGGUGCUCAUCUACAUAGGUUGUACAGCCUUCCAGUCUUUCAGCGAUAGCAUGCGAGCAUUCAUUGACAGACUUACAAGCACAACUUGAUUGUUUGUUGCGGUGAAAUAUAUUGGGCAAGCUCUGCGUGUGUACACGAGGCACUGGGUAGCGUAACCCGCACGUACUAGGCUGAUAGUAUAUGUUAGUGUAAAUAAUUGGAUUGCUCCUCAAACUUCCCUGCAGGUUUCUUAUCAUCUAUAUGACAACGCAAACUCACUAAAACCAAUGGAGUAGUACAGACGUCUAUUGUGUAGAUGCCAAUCGUAACAAACAGAAGAAGAAGCAAAAACGCACUCGGGAUAAGUGCUGCGUACAUGUAGUAUGAAAACGGCACCUGCCUUUUGAAUACAGCUUUCCUCAGUCCUGUGCGAUGUUCGACUGGUAAAUUGCAUUGUACAGCAGUAGUGUUAACUCGCUCACACUUUAAGAUGCUUGUAUACACACACAGAAUCGAUCAUUUUAAAGCUGCUCUUCGUCAUGCAUUUCAUGUACACCAGUAUGUUUAGUUAUCAGAAAACCUCUUUUUAUUCGUUUGCAUAAUGUUGAUUGUGCUCCACUCUGGACAAUCCUUAUUACACUGACAACGCUCGCAUGUUGUUCGUUGAGAGACUGGAGAGGCUACGUGUUCGACAUCCUCACCAGUUAUAUUUGUUGGCGCAUCACAAUGGCUAAGCGCCAUGCCUGUGCCAUGUCCAGCCUGCUCUCAAAUUGCACUGUUUGAGACUGUUCACUUGCAUCGUUUUAAUGACUGCUGCAAAACGAUUAACAGCUAUCAUUAAUGCCAUUUUUAAGAGUUCCCCGGGGACCUUGUGCGUGUGUGUUGUGGUCGUGUGCGUCCUUCCUUGCGUAUUAUCCUAGUCACGUUUUAGGCGCGUGAAUCCUGUGCAUUUAUAAUACAAGCCGUUUUCUUGUCAACUUAUGUCCAUUGCUGGUGUAUAUUCUGAUGUGUACUGCUCCUUGCGUGUGUAACACCAGUGAGACAAUACUUUUUUUUGUUUUUCUGUUGUUGAUGUAUUGUGCUUUAUUUAAAAUAACCUUGCUGUCUGUCAGAGCUCGCCUCUUGCCAGUCUGAUAUGUUGUAUUUUAUUCACCGGUGGGAUAUAUUUUGUUGUUGCCAUUCAAUACCCAAGCACUGUCUGUCGUACACUACUCCUAAAAUCUCUAACAUUUAUACAAAGCCCGGAAAAAAAAAAAAACCUCGCUUGCUAUCAUG